CGCCACGCCAGCUGAGUUACAUCGACCCUGUCCUCUCUCGUUUCUGUGGAGAGAUCGUCACGGGUUUCUGCCCUUUGACCCUGACUCGUCCUUGACUCCGCACGUGGUUCCCGGAUAUUCCUGGAGAACGGAGCCGGGCGAUGGCCAGAUACUUAGUUCAGAUCAUCAUCGUUGGAGCUCAGGUGGUGGGGAGAGCAUUCGCCCGCGCAGUCAGGCAGGAAAUGGCUGCAAGUAAAGCUGCAGCAGAAGCUCGUGGCCAGGCUGGUCGGCAGUCAGCAGCAGCCACCAACAUCACUGGAAUGUCACUGCAGGAAGCACAGCAGAUUCUUAACGUGACAAAGCUCCACACAAAGGACAUCCAGAAGAACUAUGAGCAUUUAUUCAAAGUUAAUGACAAGUCAGUGGGUGGAUCAUUCUAUUUGCAGUCCAAGGUGGUGAGAGCAAAGGAGCGACUCGAUGAGGAAUUAAAAAUUGAAGAAAUGGAUCGAGCAAGAAAGGAACAGACAAAACAGCCUGAAACAUGACUUUCAGAAACACUCAGUUUCACAUUCUGUUUAGUUGUUUACUCAUACCUCCAUAA